AUGUUUGACGAAAAAUUCUAGGUUGUAGAAGCCUUCAAUUCAGAGGAAGAUGAUGGAUAAUAGGAACGAAAAAUGGUUUUAAAAGAUCAUGAAAAGCAAAAUAAUACCAUAGUAAAAUAAAAGCAUCUCUAUUCUUCCUGUGAUAUCAAUUAACCUCAAGAUAGACAAGAAACUUGCCCUUACUGCAACAAAAAAUUUAGAUUAACUGAAAUUAGUGACCAUAAAAUUGCUCAUGAAAUACAUUCAUAUUAAGUUUAAGGCCAGAAGCCAGUUAAAAAUUUGUUAAUCUAAAAUGAGCCUGAAAUUUAAAUUGCUACAUUUGAUGACAAAGAUGAAGAAACUCUUUAAUAAACAAAAAAUGAUGUUGCUAUUAAUCAAAAGGAAGAAGAUGAACAGUUGAUUUAAGAACUUAUUAAAAAAAUAGAAGAGAAAAAACUACUGGAAAAAAAUAGUUAAGGUAAAAAUAGAAUGUUUAAAGCAUUCAAGAGUUAUAUACCUUCAGUUAAUACUAUUAAAAAUUACAUACCUAAGAUAUCAUUAUCAUUUCCAAAAAAUAAUGUUAAUGCAGCUGCAGUUGAAAAUUACUGCUGUCCUAUAUGUGAUGUUAAGUACAAUCAGAAAUAUGCUGAACAAAUGAUUGAGACUUUCAAAAACAAUAAUGGAUUAGUUGGAGUGAACUUAGAUGAUUAUGGUAUUAGAGAUUAUUUAAAGUGUAAGUAAUGUGUUAAAACUAUUCAGGAUGCCUAAAACUCCUGA